AUGCAACUAGAGAUUGACCAGUUAAAGAAGAAGUUGCGCCAUGCACGACGAGAACAAACCCCCUCCAACUCUGAUGUUUCCUCUGACGGUGAAGAAGAGGCUAGUUAUAGGCGAAGGUUAAGAACUCUACCCAGCGAAUCUUUUUCCUACCAUGAAGAAUACCAUCACAAACAUACAUACAAGAGCCCGCCCUGUAGAGGCCUAGGAAAUAACGCUAUGAGCAAAGCAUUGAACCAGAUUUCCAAGUCGCCCUUUACGCGCAAGAUUGAAGGGGCAAUACUUCCUUGGUGGUUCCAUCAGCCAACGUUCACCAUCUACAAUGGUCGAACGGACCUUAUGGAGCAUGUGAGCUACUUCAAUAAGAGAAUGAUUGUCCAUUCCAAAGAUGAAACCUUGAUGUGCAAGAUGUUCCCGUCCAGUCUAGGACCCGUGGCGAUGAGAUGGUUCGACGGCCUAAGGGCAGAUUCCAUAGAUUCCUUCAAGAAGCUCACCCGGGCGUUUGACUCUCGUUUUAUUGCGUGUAGCAAGGUUCCUCGGCCCUUGGAUUCCCUGCUGUCCUUAUCCAUGCAAAAAGAGGAGACCCUGAAGACAUAUUCGGACAGAUACUGGGAGAUGUUCAAUGAAAUAGAUGGUGAUUUUGAUGAUGUGGCCAUCGAUACUUUUAAGGUCGGCCUUCCAACCAAGCACGGUUUAAGAAAAUCUCUAACUGGUAAAAUGGUCACCAGUAUGCGCCAAUUCAUGGACUGGAUUGAUAAGUAUAAGAGGGUCGAGGAAGACCAAUAG